AUGAAGCCCGCGCACGACGGCGACGUCGACCCGCUGUCCCUCCGCGCGGUCCUCGCCGGGUUCGUCGUCGGCUUCGUCGUCAGCGCGAUGAACGUCUCGUUCGGCCUCAAGGCGGGAUGGGCGCAGGGCGGAAGGCGCGUCGCGACCGAUCGAUCCCUCGCGGCGGACGAAAACGCGUCGAUCGUCGCGACCCGACGCCGAAUCUCAUCUCGCCGUCCGUCGUUCCCUCCUCCAUCUGACGCGCCCUCCCCACCCCCGACGCCCCCCUCCCUCCCCUUGCGCGCGCCCUCCUCCUCCUCUCCACCUCUCGUCCGUCGCAGCAUCCUCGCCGCGGCCGUCAGCAUCGGCCUCUUCAGCGCGCUCAAGCCCAAGGUUCCGUUCACGCAGGCGGAGGCGAACAUCUGCCAGACGGUCGCCUCCGCGGCGGGGUCCAUGACCAUGGCCGCCGGUCUCAUCGGCCCGAUACCCGCGCUGCAGAUGCUCGGGCACAAGUACGACGGCCUCACGAUCAUGGCGUGGGGCGCGUCCGUGGCGUACCUCGGCGUCUUCUUCGCCGUGCCCAUGCGUCGGCACUUCCUCGUCGACCACCCGCUCAAGGCGCGUUCUAUACACUGGUCCCCAUACGACCCCGUCGGCGUGGUGAACGCCGUUCCUUAA